AUGCGUUCGACUUGUGUUAGAUUAGCUCAUCAUUAUACACCAAUGAUUCGUUUCGUUGGUGGUAGACAUCAUCAUACACCACAUUCAAGUGAAAUCUUACCACAUCCUUGUGCAGAAAACGGGUUACUACCAAAUUCUAAGGAUACAGUACCAGCAGGUGAAUUUUUGAAGAAUUUGAGGCCAUUUAAAGUUAUUCCAUACAAGAGUAAAGCUGAAACUGUUCAACCUGACAGCAGAUACCAAUAUCAACAAAGACCAUUGCAAGAAGGUGAAAAGACACACGCUUAUGAAUUAUCUCCAAGGUUUCAAUUUAAGGGCUUCAGCGAAAGUGAAAUAGAAUCCAUCAAUGGUGGUGGUGCUUUAUAA